UGUACUUAUGGAUGCUGGUGAUGGGGGUUGAACAUAUGGACUGGUGCUCCACAACGCGAGGGAUUGGAUCACAGUUGCGCUUUGGAUAUCGCUUGGAGACGCGACUGUUUGUGGCGGUGCGCGCACUCAUCUGCCCAAGGCGUUUGGCGAAAGACUGCACGCGCUUUGAGAACAAGGAAGCAAAAGCGGAUUAAUCGUUGUUUUGUCAGUACAGGAAGGAGAAGAAGAAACAUAGUAAACUGAUUUUGUGUUCCUCUCCUUUCGUGUUUUGGUUCAGACAGCAGAUUAAAACCUGGAUAAUCUUUAUCCCGGGGUUUAAAAAACGGACACACUGAAGUUAGAAACUGGAAUAUUUUUGUGCAGCACGUACAGUAGAUGUCAAUGCUCAGAAAAGAAAUCCAAUAAUUCAGUGACAUUGACAGCGCCUUGUUUUGAAUUUUAAGGCAGGCAAGGCAAUCGCCCAUCUUGCGUUAUUAGCCACUAUACGCAAUAUAUUAUAUAGAACUGACAUGUUAAUAAGCAACUUCACGUAAAAAGUAAAGGCUAUCCUGAGAGACGCUAUUUAUGUAUACAUUUAAAUUCUUAUCAGAGAUCUGACUAACGGGCGCUUCUCCAGGCCAGCACACCUCCGAGCAUCACCGUUUAAUAUUUGCUCGCCGUAACGGGGACAUAACAUCUCAAUUAGCAACAUGACGGAUGGACCGAGACAAAGAGGCAGCGCGGCGGCGAGCACCAGCAGCGUGGAUGGAGCGGCGGACACCGGGGCAGCUGCAGGAGAGUCGGUGGGAUUGAAGAAGGAGAUUGGUCUCGUCAGUGCUUGUGGUAUUAUUGUUGGUAACAUCAUCGGAUCUGGAAUCUUUGUCAGUCCAAAGGGAGUGUUGGAAAAUGCCAGUUCAGUGGGCUUGGCUCUCAUCGUAUGGAUCGUUACAGGUGUUAUCACAGCAAUCGGAGCGCUCUGCUAUGCUGAGCUGGGUGUCACUAUUCCCAAAUCCGGAGGGGACUAUUCUUAUGUCAAGGAUAUCUUCGGAGGGCUGGCAGGGUUUUUGCGGUUGUGGAUUGCUCUUUUGGUGAUUUACCCGACUAAUCAGGCUGUCAUCGCUCUCACCUUCUCCAACUAUGUUCUCCAGCCUCUGUUUCCCACCUGCUUCCCACCUGAAAACGGACUGCGGCUGCUCGCCGCCGUCUGCCUGUUGCUCCUGACAUGGGUGAAUUGCUCUAGCGUGCGCUGGGCAACACGGGUGCAGGACAUCUUCACUGCAGGGAAACUCCUGGCCCUCAUUCUCAUCAUCAUCAUGGGCAUCGUACAGAUCUGCAAGGGCGAGUAUUACUGGUUGGAACCAGCCAAUGCAUUUGAGCCAUUUCAAGACUAUGAUGUUGGUCUGAUUGCUCUGGCAUUUCUACAGGGCUCGUUUGCCUACGGUGGCUGGAACUUUCUCAAUUAUGUCACAGAGGAACUGGUUGACCCAUAUGUAAACCUCCCUCGUGCAAUCUUCAUCUCUAUUCCCCUUGUGACCUUCGUGUACGUUUUUGCCAACAUUGCUUACGUCACUGCCAUGAGUCCUCAAGAGCUGUUGGCAUCUAAUGCAGUUGCUGUGACGUUUGGUGAGAAGUUGUUAGGAGUGAUGUCAUGGAUCAUGCCCAUCUCUGUGGCCUUGUCCACAUUUGGGGGGGUCAACGGCUCCCUUUUCACCUCCUCUCGGCUGUUCUUCGCGGGUGCUCGUGAAGGCCAUCUGCCCAGCCUACUGGCUAUGAUUCAUGUGAAGCGCUGCACUCCUAUCCCAGCCCUGCUCUUUACGUGUAUCUCCACACUUCUGAUGUUGUGCACUAGUGACAUGUACACACUCAUCAACUAUGUGGGCUUCAUCAACUACCUCUUCUACGGUGUCACUGUUGCCGGCCAGAUUGUGCUACGGAUCAAAGAACCAGACAUGCACCGACCAAUUAAAAUCAGUCUGGUAUGGCCGGUCAUCUAUCUGCUGUUUUGGGCCUUCCUGCUGAUUUUCUCCCUGUACUCUGAGCCUGUGGUGUGUGGCAUUGGCUUGGCCAUCAUGCUCACUGGUGUCCCUGUUUAUUACUUGGGCGUUUACUGGGAAAACAAGCCUCAGUGUUUCGAUAAAUUUGUCGAUAAGAUAACAUACAUAGGUCAGAAGUUCUGUGUAGUGGUUUACCCAGCAGAAGACAAAAAGAAAGACGAGGCGUGCGAAGAAGAGAUCGAGCUAAAGGAACAGUCGACAGGAGACGACAGCGUGACACCGAAAUCAGCUGCCGAGUGCUGAACAGACAAAUUCAUUCACUUACGUACUUCUUAUUGAACACUGGAAAUCAAAGUCAGAUUUUUCACAUACCUCCAAUAAGUUUUUUUGUUUGUUUGUUAAGGCCUUUCCAGUUUUGCCUUUUUUGUUAUAAAGAGGGGGUUGCACGGGAGUGCAGUGGCUUGAUGCAGGAGAGAGUAAUGAACAGACACUAACAGCUGCUGGUCUUGUUGCUCGAAUCUUAGCAACUGCUUCUCCUUCACUGGCUGUGCAACAGAAUUAAAACAUUACAAUGCCUGAUAACAUAAAGCUCUAAAGUUAUAUAUGUAAUGUAUAUAAACACUGUUUGGAAAGGUCUAAAAUGGAAAGUUUAAUUCCUGUUUUGCGAUAAACAUUGUUAAAAUACCAAACUGAAAUGAAAUGGCAGGGUUUGUUUGUUUUAUUUAUUUAUUUAUUAUUCGGUGCAUUCUAAUGUUAUAAUUCGUACCCUUCUCAUCCCCCUCUUUAUUUUUCGUUUCAUUUAAAGACUCAACAUUUUUAUAUAUGAACUAUUUGAUUUUAUUUACACUUUUCAUUACACUUCUUGUUGGAGUAUAAUUUUGAUAUUUUUGAUCGUCUAAUCAUAUUUUUUUUGUCACUGUAAUAUUGCUUUUCCUUUUAAAGUGUGAUAGCUCUGGGAUGUCUUUGAAUCAUUUUGUAGACAUACAAGAACCAGUUGUUGUGGUUCAGGGUCGUUUUCAGCCAGGUUUCUCUGGUACUAAUACAAUUCAAAGUAUUUUUUUGCCUUAUUACUUUACGUACACCUUUAUGACGUUAUUGUCAAUGUUAUUAUUGAUGUCAAAAAUAUUUUGUUUUCUGAUAUUUUUGAAGAUAAAGUGUUAAAAACCCGAAGAGGAUAUUGUGAAUGUGUGUUGUAAUAGUACAUUCAAUUUUUGUGGACAGAACUGAGGGCAUAAUAGUGCAGAC